AUGUCGUGGAUGCCAUGGAGUGGCAUUGCGACUGGGACGAGGCUCUGCCAGUCUGCCACGCCGGGGACGGUUCUUUAUGACGCCCGGUGUAGCUGCUGCAGGUCUCUGGUCGAGCAGGUCUGCAAGCUGAGCACCGAGAAGGAUGAGCUGCUUCACGAGUGCGGCAACCUUCGCCGUGACAACUAUGCUCAGUGGAGCGAGACCGAGAUGCUACAGAAUGCGUGCAUCAGUCUCCACAAUCAGAACAGUGCGCUUUGGGCUGGAGCCGAGAUGCGGGGCAACGUGUGCAGCAGUCUUGCUUGCCAGAACGAAGCCCUUUGGACUGACUUCAAGAAGCUGCGCAAGGAGCUUCUCUGCAGUUGCUUCGAUUCGUGGCCCUGGCUGAUGUGCGUGCCCAUCUUGGUCGCAAGAUUUGAAGCGAGUGGCGGGGCUCCGUUUUGCAGUUUUGCAAGCUUCGGCGAACUUCAGGCUGAGCAAGAAGCUACGCAGGAGCGUGCUCUCAAGGCUGAGCAUUGCCCCGACAUGAUGCGCGGACAAGAAGAGGAAAGCGGUGCAUCUUCAGCUUCUGAGAGUACCCGCGCCAGCGACGGCGACGACUCUCCGCAGGCAUGCGUUUCCGACACCGAGCUGGAUGACGAGCAGCCCAACAUCAAGGAAGAUCUGCCUGGAGCGCUCCGGGCCAACACGGGCGAUAUUCACGAGGGUGCCUCAAGCCCGGCUGAGAUUGGAUUCUCGCGACGCACACGAACCGAAUGCCGGCGCUGA